GGUCGGGCUUGAACACCGCAAUGACCUAAUCAAGCUAUACUGGCUGAGACUUAUGUCUCUUGAGGUUCUACCAUGCCAGGCAGGUUGUUUGGAUAGCGGUUAAACAAAAAGCAGCUACCUCAUCCAAUACCAUGAUCCAAACAAAUUCACAAAAUUUCAUGCCGGAUCGGCCGUGGCCCGGAUUAACAACGACCGCGCUUCCUGCUGCCGUGUCACAGGGCGGGAGUGAUAAGUAUGCUACUGAGGCACACAAAACAACGAAGAACGAACAAAAACAGGCCGCGUGUGACCGGCCACAAGCAGUUGUCCCCUGGGCUCUGCGGUCACGCAACCAACUUCCACGGUGUGGGCAGCCGGGAAGUAACAAUCGCCCUCACAAUCCAAAACGCACACAAAACCUCUCUAAUCCUCACUUAUCUUUGUCUUCAUCUUCAUCUCUAUUACCUUGCCUUCCCCCCAGUGAUGCAACUCCUCUACUUGAUGGCUCCUCACUCCCUCUUCACUCUGUGUCCACUAAAAACGACGAAAGCCAAAAAACCACCACGGAUAGUCUCCUAAAGCCACGCCACCAAUUUCAUAUAGGAGCAUUUAAUGUUAGGACACUUUGCCAAAUAGGACAACAAGCAUCACUAGCUAAGACCCUGGCAUCUCGAGCCACAAGGAGAGACACUGUUUGACUUGGAGACCCCCUUCAUCAAACCAACGCUGGACACAAAUAGACCACAUAGCAAUAAGCUAUCGUUGGCGUGGGUCGGUAGGAGAUUGUCGCUCCUUCUGGAACA